UACUUAAUAAGAAGAAGUAUAACAACAAGAAAAUAAUUUUACAAGUAUUAAAUCCGCCCCUGUCUGUUCCGAUAAUAAUUAUAGCAAUGAACAACAGCAUCUGAUAAACACAGAACGCUGACCAAUUAAAACAAACGCAAUCAUUUAUUUAGUUAAAUAAAUAUCAUCACUCAUCAAUCGAAACAUCUGCAAAAAAUUACUAGUAAUAUAAUUACAAACAGUUAGGGAAUUAGCCAAUAUGUUAAGAAUAUCAUUGCUUUGACCACAAUUUAAUUGGACCAAAAUUCAACAAACAAACAAAAACGAUAAUUACGUCAUAUCAUACAGUAUUUUAUUAUUUGGUGCUAAAAUAUUUUAAAAAAAUUUCCAAAAUGAGUAGUGACACUUUCGGUUUGUUGCCACAAAAUAAUCGUGUGCCAAUAAUUAUCGAUGACAUUGGUGCAUGCGGUAAUAAAGGAUGUACAGGAGGUUCUUCAUCAUCGUCAUCUCAACAACAAACAACAGUAACCGUACCUGUAUCAACGACCACAAUGCCAAGUAGUAUGGGCACAGCAAGUAUUUCGGGUACCACUUGUGUUGCAUAUACAACGGUUAGUGGAACUGGAGGUCUUGGAAGUGGUGAAUGUACACCACCGUCAUCUGCAGGGCCAUUGACCGCUAAAGUCCGUUCAUCACCGCCACCUUUACUGCCACUUGCUGCUGAACCACUUAAUAAUGGAAUGAUCCUAGGAGCGUCGCCGUCUACUCCAUCAUCAAUUAAAAAUGGUGCUGCCAAAAUUCAUAUACAAGAAGGAAAAAAACCCAUACAUUCACUGUCACAUCUUCCAAAACGGCCUCCAGUAGAUAUUCAAUUUAUAAAUUUAAAUUAUUCAGUUAAUCAUAAAACAAUAUUAAAAAGUGUUAGUGGGAAAUUUCGUUCUGGUGAAUUAACAGCAAUUAUGGGGCCAUCAGGUGCUGGGAAAAGUACUGUUAUGAAUAUUCUUGCCGGUUAUAAAACCAAAAAUUUAAGUGGGACUGUAUUAAUAAAUGGAAAACCUCGUAAUUUACGAUUUUUUCGAAAAAUGUCGUGUUAUAUAAUGCAAGAUGACUGUCUAUUACCACAAUUGACUGUAAAAGAAACCAUGUAUAUAUCAGCAAAUUUAAAAUUGGGACGGGAUGUAUCUACAGCGGGAAAAAAAUUAGUGGUAGAUGAAAUUAUUGAAUCAUUAGGUUUAACUAAUGUGCGUAAUACGAAAGCAUGUCGUUUGUCUGGUGGACAACGUAAACGUUUAGCAAUUGGAUUAGAAUUAGUGAAUAAUCCACCAGUGAUGUUUUUUGAUGAACCAACUAGUGGUUUGGACAGUUUAUCGUGUUUACAAUGUAUAUCAUUGCUCAAGUCAUUAGCACGCGGUGGUCGAACAAUUAUAUGUACAAUCCAUCAACCAUCAUCUAGAAUAUUUGAAAUAUUUGACCAUUUAUAUACAUUAGUGGAAGGUGAAUGUAUGUAUCGUGGUAGUGUAUCUGCAUUGGUUCCAUUCCUGAAUUCCGUCGGCUUAGAGUGUCCAAGUUAUCAUAAUCCUGCAGAUUUUGUGAUUGAAAUUGCAAGUGGAGAUUAUGGCCAUGAAUGGAUACCAAAAUUGGUGGAUGUAAUGAAUACAGAAAAGGCAGAGAAUCUCAGUAGAGAUAUAGAUAUAUAUGGUACUAAAGAUGAUAAGAAAGAAAGUAAUUCCGUUGCAACAGCAUCAAUAACAAUUGAUGCAACCACCUCGUUAAUUUAUUCGGGUGAAAAGCAAUCAAAAAAAGGUUUCCCCGUUUCAACGUUUUGGCAAUUUUGGAUAUUAUUAAAACGUACAUUCAUAUCAACAGCGCGUGAUAAAACAUUGACAUUGUUACGAUUAUUAGCACAUUUAUUAGUUGGUAUUAUAAUUGGUGUCAUUUAUUACGGCAUUGGAAAUGAUGCUGAGAAAACGUUUAGUAAUAUUGGUUGUUUAUUUUUUUUAAUUAUGUUCACAAUGUUCUCUUCAAUGAUGCCAACAAUAUUAACAUUCCCUUUAGAAAUGGGUGUAUUCGUACGUGAAUAUUUAAAUUAUUGGUAUUCAGCGAAAGCAUAUUACAUGGCGAAAACGGUCGCUGAUAUACCUUUUCAAACUGUGUUCUCAACGAUAUAUGUUGUGAUGGUGUAUUUUAUGUCAGGCCAACCAUAUGACGCAAAGCGUUUCUUUAUGGUUUGCAAUAUUAAUGUUUUAACAUCACUUGUUGCCCAAAGUAUGGGUUUAUUAUGUGGAGCUGCGUUAGAUAUUGAGAGUGCAACAUUUAUCGGACCAGUAUCAUCAAUACCAAUGAUAUUAUUUGCUGGAUUCUUUGUCAAUUUUAGUAUUCUAAGUAAAUGGAUCGCGUGGGUACCUUAUGCUAGUUACCUACGUUAUGGUUUUGAAGGAACAAUGAUUGCAAUUUAUGGUGAAGAUCGACCAAUGUUACAAUGUAACGAAGUAUACUGUCCAUUUCGAUCACCAAAGAAAAUAUUGGAAGAGCGUAAUAUGGAAAAUGCUGAAUAUUGGAUAGACUGGUUAGCUUUAUUAGGAUUUUUCUUCGCAUUAAGAAUAAUUGUAUAUUUUAUGCUCAAACUAAAAAUGCGUUCACUACGAUGA